AUGAGUCCGCCGAACUGGGCCGCCAGGGUGUACCGGCUGCGGAGGCUGCCUCACCACAUCACCGACGCGACGGAGGCGGCCCGGUUGCUUGGUGAGGCCCUCGACAUCCCGCCAGACGACGUGGUUGUCUACUCGGUGGCCCAUACGUUCAAUCGUCUCGAGUCUCCUCCCUCCAAGGUCGCCACGCUCCAGCUCAAGAGCUCGCCCGGCUCGCUGCAGCUCGAUGACGGCAAGGAUGAGUGGAAGAUUCCCCUCCCUGGGACGCUCGAUUAUCUACUGCUUGAUACCCAUUUCUUGGGGAUGACGGUUCUCAAUCACGUUGACGCCAGUUCGCACCAUACCGACUGCAUUGCCAUCUCCGGCUUGGCAAGUCAUCCCUUUGGAUCUUGGCAGCCUCACGGGGACGACAAGACUUUUAUGUGGAUCAGGGAUGAAGCCUCAAGACUGAUAUCUGGAACCCGGAUGCUCCUAUACGGCUACAACUCUCAGUUGAUAAAGAGCGAAUCCUUCCAAAAGAUCAGCGAUAUCUCACUUGGCCUGAUACAUCAGCUCAAGUACGGCGGCUGGGGGCUUCCGUCAUCAAAGCCGAUCGUCUUCCUAGCUCACAGUCUAGGCGGUAUCGUGCUCAAGGACGCCAUCUUACAGAUCGCAGGCCUCCAGCUCUACGCGUCCAUCCUGGACAAGGUGAAGGGGGCAAUCAUGUUUGGGGUUCCGAGUUUGGGAAUGCAUCAGUCGCAUCUGAUGAUGAUGACCGAAGGGCGGCCCAACGAGAUUCUGGUUCAAGAUUUAUCACGCGAUAACGGAAGCGCAUAUUUGCGGGAUCUCAAUACGCGAUUCGACGGUCUGGCCUUUCUGAAACGAGCUACCAUUUACUGGGCCUAUGAGACCAAGGAAUCUGUAACUGCGGCUCUGCAACCGGAUGGGACAUGGGCGAAAAACGGGUCUCCUGAGGUUUUAGUCAACCCUGACUCGGCAACCUCAUACCGCAAUACGAAGAACAAGAUCAUGACGAUUCCGAUUGAUAAGGAUCAUUCUGGCAUGGUCAAGUUCUCUAGCGGAGACAGAGAUCUGGAGACCAUUCUGCUUAUACUCGCUGAGCUCUGUGACCAGCAGGACCAUAGAAGCGGGAUGCUCUCGGGGGUACAAGUUGAGGUGGAGGCCGAAGAUACAGAGCUGAAAAUACACAAGCCCAUGUCGUCAAGUGAACAAGAAACUUUUCGACAGCUACGCAAGUAUCUAUCCUUAGAAAAUAAAAUGUAUGCCGACCUACAUUCGCGAGAACUCCACACUCGCGUCGACCAGAUCGAAGAUCCCUACGAAAACACCUUCAGCUGGAUUUUCGAGCUGCCCUCGUUCUGCAAGUGGCUUCAGGACGGCUCAGGGCUCUUCUGGAUCAAUGGCAAGCCAGGGUCGGGCAAAUCGACUCUGAUGAAGUACAUCUACCAGAGCGAGACGACGUGGCAACUCUUGCACAGCUGGACACGGAGCACCACGGAGGUGAAGGAGCUACAAGCUGGGUUCUUCUUCCACUAUCGAGGGACGCCGCUGCAGAAAUCGUUCGAGGGACUGUUGAGGAGCCUUAUCCUGCAAAUCUUUAACCAGAUGGACAGUUUCAGGAAGCGAUGGGGAGAGUUCGAGUCCCUUGACGAGCUAGAGACCAAGACGCUCAAGGAGAUAGAGAAGUUGAGAAGGAUGAUGGACCUGCCAGGUUCAGGGCCAACUCCGAUGUCGCCACGACAAGUGGAAGCGAGGCUGAGGAAGGAAGAGGAGAACCUCUACUACUGUCGGACGACUCUAUCACGGAUUCUUGCGGACUUUAGGCCGUUUGAAAAUUUGCCCACUACCAAGUAUCUCAUUCGCGUGGUCGCAGAGUACCACAACUCGACGGAAGGUUUGAUCCCUCGCCUGGAGAGGAUUCUCCGCCUGUUAUUAUAUCAAGAUGUUGUCAAGAUGGAUGUUGUUUUAUUCUUCGAUGCUCUCGACGAGUACGACGGCCACACGGACAUGAUAAGUCAGUUUCUGCACAACUUGGUGCAGGCGUCUACAUCAAAUGUUCGCGUAAAGAUAUGCUUCUCCAGCCGGCCUUGGAAGGCUCUGAUCAAACAAUUUUCCGACUCUCCCGGGUUGUCGUUGCAAGACCACACGCAGCAAGACAUCGAGAUGUACGCCGCUGGAAGACUAGGCGGCUCUACGGAUCCAACAGGCGACAUCCUCUCUCUCGUACCCGUGAUUGUCGCCAAAGCAAGCGGCGUCUUCGUCUGGGUCCGGCUUGCGGUGACCGAGAUCAUCAGCCUUUGCACCAGCGAGGACAGCAGCCAUUCCAUCAAAGACAUGGAGAAACUGCUCCUCGAGCUCCCCGACGACCUCCACUCCUUCUACGAGCUCAUCGUGGAGCGGAUCGCGGUGACGCACCGCCGAAACACCUUUGCGCUCCUGGAACUCAUCAUCCGCCAGGACAGCCCCCAGACCGUCCGGGCCAUAUGGCUGGCCGUGCAGCUAUCGAGAUGCGCCACGCUGGAAAGUGCCAUCAAGCAAAUCCAAAGCAACCAGCUCCCAGAGGACAUGCGAUCGGACAUUCUGGCGUGGGGCGGCGGCCUGGUCGAGAUCCAGGACACUCAGGUACAGCUGAUGCACCAGACGGUCCUGGAGUUUGUCCUCAGCGUGUCGUUCAAGCGCGCCGUGCUGGGCAACCUGGCCACCGUGGUGGCGGAGAAUGGGCAUUCGUACCAUGUGAAGUAUCUGAUUACGACGGAGAUCAGGAAUAUUCGGUAUUCUCAGUACAUGCCCCCGGAGAACUCUACGCAGUACCAUUCUCAGCAGUCGGAGCUCACGACUGGGCAGAGCCAGCUUCCCUUCCUUGAGAGUGUGCCGCAGGAUGAGUUAUACAUCCUGGCCACGAAGACGAAUUAUUUUCCACCCCACCCUAACGUCCCUUCGAUUCCUAUCUAUGCCUCAUUCCACGGGCUGGCCCUCUGUCUCAAGAGGUGGCUGGAGAAGAAUCCCGGCACCCUUGGUAGUAUCCCUGCCGAGGUAUCCUACUGUCCUCUACUCUACAACCUUUUCUUCGCAGGUGGUCAGGAGAGGUUCCAGGAACGAUACAUGGAAAUGGCCAAACUACUACUAGAUAACGGGUUCGACCCCAACCGAGACCGAGACUUUUUCCACGCGCUCGUCACCCGGAUAUGGGAUCUGAGUUUGGAAGCGGACGAGGUUGGAGACCGCAUUCCGUUAUCAGCACUCUGCCAACUGGUCGAGCUGGUCCUAAGCCACGGCCAGGAUCCGAAUAUCUUCAAGAGAUUCGGCGCCAGGGGCGAGACGACGGCGCUCGCAACGGCCCCUCCUAUGCUGGCAGCUGAACUGAUCAAGCACGGGGCGGACCCAAAUUGCUACAAGACGGCCGGUGACUCGCCCCUGAGCUGGGUUAUGAGGCCGGAGUAUAUCCUGACGUCGAUGACGAGCAUAGGGAGCGCGGACGAAUGGAGGUAUCAAGUAAUCGGGAUUCUGUUGAAGGCCGGGGCUGUCAUCAAGCCUGAUGAUCGCCCGACUAUGAGAAUGUGGCUCGAUAAGUUCCACACCGAGGGCUACGACGUGGGGUCACUGCUGGAGAUCUGUGCUGCUCGAGGUUGCCAGAUCGCUCUUAGGGAUAUAGCACAGCAAUCUGUGCCUCCGCCUGCAAGAGAGACAUAUGCGCCAACUACACCAUUUCAAGGAGGCAGAGAAGAGGGGCGAGGUUACAGGGGGGAGGGGCAAUAUAGACCCCCGGUCGAAAGUGAAUCCGAGAGGCAGUCCAUGCAGCUAGCGUCGCUACAGCUAGAGUCUCUACAAGGGAGUCUAAGCGGCGAGCGAGAAGAGAAGAAGAAAGGUCUCCGUCACAAGGCCAAGAGGCUGCUGUGUUGGAGAUGA